AGUUAUCCAAAACCAAGUGGGAAAAAAACCCUAAGGGACUCCCUGUCCCACGCCUGGGGACCAGCAAGGGCCACCCCCACCCCUACCCCCAGCUAUCCAGUGGGUGUCCAUCUUUGGGUAUCCCCUAUGCUUUCGCAGAGCAGGUGCGCGUCCUGGAGAAAGCCACGAACGGGGCGAGUGUCGCAAUCGCGGGACUCAGAGCCAACGCAGAGGCGCCCUUUGUCCUUCGGCGCAGGCGAAGCUGCGAGAAGCGUGAGGCCGUGGGAAGGCGCGGCGAGCUCUCAGGAACCGGGCCGUGGGGCGAGAGGAACCUGCGGAGCUCCUUCGGUUUAUAAUUUCACCCUCCGUCCUUGCCUGCCAUGGAGUCGAUCGGCUGGGAUAUUUCUGUUUUGAUUGCCGUGGCUGCAAUUGUACCAUCUAUGCUAUUUUUGCUGUAUAAAAUAAUUGGAUCUCAGAGGAAGAAAGAUCCAUUGACUUUGCAGGAUCCAAAUAUCAAAUAUCCAUUGUCUUUGAUAGAGAAAGAGGAUAUCAGCCAUGAUACCAGGAGAUUCCGAUUUGCGCUACCAUCGCCAAAACAUAUAUUGGGUUUGCCUAUAGGCCAACAUGUAUACCUCUCUGCCAAAGUCGGCGGUAAUCUUGUGAUUCGGGCUUAUACUCCAGUUUCUAGUGAUGAAGUGAAAGGAUAUGUUGAUUUAGUAAUAAAGGUUUACCACAAAAAUGUUCAUCCCAAAUUUCCUGAAGGUGGGAAGAUGUCCCAGUACUUAGAAGGCAUGAAGACUGGUGACACCAUUGAUUUCAGAGGACCUAAUGGGCUUCUGGUGUACAAAGGAUCUGGUAAAUUUGCUAUCAAAUUGGAUAAAAAGUCUGAAGCAAAAAUAAAGUUUGUUAAGCACCUUGGGAUGAUUGCUGGGGGAACAGGAAUUACUCCAAUGCUUCAGCUGAUCCGCCAUAUCACAAGGGACCCGACUGAUAAAACAAAAUGUUAUCUCCUUUUUGCUAAUCAGACGGAACAGGAUAUAUUACUGAGACCAGAGCUGGAAGACGUAGCUGCAAACCACCCAGACCAAUUUAAAUUGUGGUAUACUUUGGACAAACCGCCUCAGGGAUGGAAGUAUAGUUCUGGCUUUGUUACUGCAAACAUGAUAAAGGACCAUCUUCCUCCCCCCUCUGGAGACACUUUGAUUCUUAUGUGUGGACCUCCACCCAUGAUUCAGUUUGCCUGUCAGCCCAGUCUUGAGCUUCUGGGAUAUGCAAAAGAGAACACAUUUGCUUACUGAACUUGAAGUUAAUUCGUUUAGCCAAUGUCACAGGUACUAAGGUGAUGCAAAACAUUUGAAGGUGCACGUUACAAAGUGGUUGAUGUAAGCAAAGUGUUCCUCCUUGAAGGAUUAAACCAACUAUGAUCUCUAGGAGCUACCUUGAAAUUUUUCCCCAAAUGUGUGCAUGUAGUUUGUGCACAACUGCUUUGAUUGGCCAGCAAUCCCAAAGAAAGUGUUGUCUGUGCAAGAAUAUUGUGAUGGGAUGCACACCUGGAGGAGCAGUGGGGGAAGACGUGUGGUAACACAGAGUUUUUCCAGAGAGAGGCCUAGAUUAAGAGCCUGCACCAGUCCCAAGGUGGGUGUCAGAGGCAGGAAUGGAUUCAGGGUAGUCACAGUCUACAAUCUCUCAGGAUGUACUGUAUCUAGUAGAUUAGAUUAUAAUUUUAGUCUGGCAAGAUUUUGUCUAUUAACUGUAAGCAAAUAAAGGAACGAUUGGAUGCUGCUCUAUCAUCUCUAAACUUAGGCCUGACAAAUACACAUUCCAGAGAGGAAAGAUUUCAGAAGACCUGUGCCGAUCCUUCAAAAGAGGACUCUUUUAUUACACUAAUGCACUUGGCAAAGUACCCCUUUCUAAUGCCUUGCCCAGCCUUAAUAAAGUUUUUAUGAAGCGUUUGUUUCACUUAAAUAAAAUGUUGAUACAUUU